UAUCGUAUCGGAUUCUACUAUGUCCCAAUAAAACGCCCGAAUCUGUAGCCGCCGCCGUCCGCACUCAUCCCUCGCCUCUUUCCCUUUGAUGGCCGAUGCUUUACUACCCCAUCACGGCCUCCUCCUCGAGUCCCGCAGCCAUCUGCUCCCUCCCAUCUUCUUUCCCCUCAACUCCCCGGCACUGACCCUCCCCCACGGGUCUCGAUUCGACCCCGCCGUCUCCCGCCCUUCUAAUCGAUGGCAGCUUUCCAAGUUGCGCGCGGUUGUGGAAGAGGCCGCGGAUGCGCCCAAGUGGUGGGAGAAGGACGCCGGGCCCAAUAUGAUCGACAUCCACUCUACGCAGGAGUUCGUGGACGCAUUGAGUCAAGCAGGUGAAAGGCUUGUCAUUGUGGAGUUCUAUGGUACUUGGUGCGGAUCUUGUCGAGCUCUGUUCCCAAAGCUAUGUAUGAUGGCAAAGGAACACCCAGAGAUUUUAUUUUUGAAGGUGAACUUUGAUGAGAACAAACCUAUGUGUAAAAGAUUGAAUGUAAGAGUACUUCCAUAUUUCCAUUUUUACCGUGGUGCUGAUGGCCUUCUGGAGUCGUUUUCAUGUAACUUGGCUAAGUUCCAGAAGAUAAAGGAUGCCAUUGAAGAACACAACACUCCACGUUGUAGCAUUGGACCUCCUUUAGGAAUUGUAAAUAUAAACCUGCUCGAUAGUUCAAACACAGGCAAGUAAGCCUCCCAGAAGCCAACUUUCAAUUUUAUGUUUAUUGUUCCUGCUCAACCAUUGUAUUCUAUCGUUUUUAAUCCAAAGCUUCAAGCAUUUGUACUCUUCACAAUUAGUCUGGUCAAUUAAGAAGUAUAUAAAAGCAGGACUAUACGAGAAUCUAUUGAAUAUCUGUAAUGUUCUAAUUACUCAGAAUAUGUGCAGUUAAAUUUGUAUUUGGGAAGAAACUCAUGUAUACACAGUUUACCAACUGAGUUCCGGAAUUUGUACUCUA